CAUAUCAAAGCUAAGGCAAAUCUAAGAAAAAGGGACUGAGUGUUGAAGAGAAGAGAACUCGUAUGAUGGAAAUUUUUUUUGAAACAAAAGAUGUUUUUCAGUUAAAGGAUCUGGAGAAGAUUGCACCCAAAGAGAAAGGAAUUACUACUAUGUCAGUAAAGGAGAUCCUGCAAAGUUUAGUUGAUGACGGCAUGGUGGAUACUGAUAGAAUUGGAACUUCCAAUUAUUUUUGGGCUUUUCCAAGUAAAGCUCUUCAUGCCAGGAAGCGUAAAUUGGAAGCACUGGAGUCUCAGUUUGCUGAAAGUAGCCAGAAGAAAGAGAGGUUACAGCAAAGCAUUGAGAAAUCAAAAAUUGGACGGCAAGAUACUGCAGAACGUGCUGCCCUAAUAAAGGAACUUGCUGCUCUCCGGGAGAAAAAAGAGCAGCUAAAGGCAGAAAUAGACACAUACCAAGAAUGUGAUCCAGAUGUUGUUGAAGAAAUCCGUCAAGCAAACAAAGUUGCCAAGGAAGCAGCUAACAGAUGGACAGAUAAUAUAUUUUCAAUAAAAUCUUGGGCCAAACGGAAGUUUGGAUUUGAAGAGAACAGAAUUGACAAAAGUUUUGGGAUUCCAGAAGACUUUGACUAUAUUGAUUGAUGUAUUACUGACACGUGUACAUAGCUUAUUUAUAGUGCUCAGUUGACAUUUGUCUGCAUUGCUUUUCAAAACAAAAUCAAAAAUCCCCUUGUAUUAGUUGCACUUUUCAUUAAUGUUAAUAAAAUGUAAAAAAUA